CCACGAUAGUCUACCUCAAGCCUCCGCCCCCACACAAGAUUCUCAGCCCCGAUAUGACAACAGAGGUGAAAACACGCAGGGAAUAGGGGGAGGAUUUUCACGGGAGGAGGACCAAAUCCCCGCGAUCUCCCAGAGAGGGGAAGAUGAGCAGGACGUGGGUUAUGAGGGGCGAGAAGAAGGGGAAGAAGAGGAAACGCCACAGACGCACCACGGUGUCAGAGACCCACCGCCGCAGUCGUGUCCUUGAGGAUACUGUCUUGCAAGAACAACACCAGUCCGCUUCCCAUCCCUCACUCUCGCCAGGUCAUCAUAGCGGGGUAAAUAUUGAUCCUCGUAAGGAGCCACUUGAUGCCUCUCUCGCCACUGAUGGUCCGAGCCGAGAGCAAUCACCUAGUAAUGCUCACAAAGCCCCGGACGCUCCUGUUGGAAUUUCUACUAUGAUGACGGCGGACGGCGAGAUGAGGUCGGAGCCGACAACACUCUCUCCCUCCGUCACUCAGCCUCCUUACCGCCAGCCCUCUGCCGGCUCCCAGGGGGACCUGGAGGAGGAGGGGAGGGAAGAAGGUAUCGGUACCGGUAUGCAGCGAGAGCCCUUCAACGAGCAAGGUGAAGCUACAGUUCAAGUGCCACCGUCUUCUGCUGCCAGUGAUCCUCCUCUGGCCCUCCAAGCGAGUAAUGAAAUUUCUUACGAACGGGAAGAAAGCGGUUCCCUCGCCCUCCCUGUCAUCGGAGACAUCUCUCUGCACCAGAAGAAGUCAUCGAUCGUGAUGGGCGAGACAUCAUCAUCGUCAUCAGAUCCUCUGGACACGGAGACCGACAGAAUUGGAAUCAAUGACGUGACGGCCAAGGAUCACCGAGCCAAGAUAACCAGCAAGGACCUCUCCGACGAAAACGAUCCUUCUUUUGCUGGAAAUCAGAGUUCAGAGGCGGCCACGUACCCCCGGCCCUCCCCCUCGCCCCUCGAUGCUCACAGCGACCAAGACACCACAUUGCAGGCGGAAUAUAAACGCCAGGAGACGCUCGAGGCAGAGUAUAAUCGUCAAGGAGGGAUAGAGACGUCGGCAGGAAGACAAUCAGUUUCUGGCUCUCUGGAAGCAUCGGGUUACAGCGAGCGUAAGAAAUUGGGGAUCGUUCCUACGGCAUCUGUAGCCAACCAAGGACACCAUUUCCUUUCAAGAAGCAAUCAAGUGGCCGGUAAUCCCAAUCAGGAGUCUGUCCACACUCAGGUCAGCUCACGGGAUCCUGCUGGGGGAAAUAGACAAGAUCAGAUUCCUCCAUUGAGGGGGAAUUAUCAUGAGGAGGAGGAAGGAGAGGAGGGAAGAGAAGAGGAAAACGCCGAGGAAGACGGGUCAAAUUUUGAGUAUUAUCUUGGAAGUGACGGUUAUGUGUACGACGACGAAGCACACGGUUACGAGGACUCAUUCAACGAUUACGAGUACGAAGAAGGAAAUAGAAAGAAUCAAGCUUAUGAAAGAAGACACGGAUACGACGGUGAAGGCACGGUUGAUAUAAAGGAUAGACAGUCAGAACAUAGACACGAAUAUGGGCACGCAGAAAGACAAGAAAAUCACGAAGGAAGCAGUCAUCCGAAUGAACCGCCUGCUGGGUAUGAUCACGAAAAUCAUACUCAAAGUGACGGCGGGGGGACACAAGACGAGAGUCACAUGACUUCCUACGGCGCCGGUCGUGAUGAAUUCGCAGGUACUUCUCAGGACCAAGGGCACGACCAUCGAGCUCCAGGAAGCCAAACGCCAUCACAGGCUCAAGGGGAAGACAGCUGGCAGAUCCCAGGACCACCUGCUGAAGCAUACCAAGACCCUAUCACCACUGAACGACCUGACGACCAUAUCUUCCACCGCCCGGAAUUUCAUGGAAGCGCCCACGAAGGCGGCUCUCCGACCCACGAGGACAGCAGAAACACCAGCAGCUUGGCUUCUGGGAGCACGGGUGGAGAUGAAAGGAAAGAGGAAGAAGAAGAGCAAUAUCCCGUGGAAGGAAGAAAUAUUCCUCUCGCUUCAGCAAACGAAGAUGACACAUCCGCUGUCGCCGGCGGAGGAGGAUACACGGCGUGUGUGGGCGUUCACAAUAACUCUUCUCCUGUCAGCAGUGAAGGCGCGGGCAGGACUGGCGGAGACGGGGUGGCGGGGGGAGCGACAGGAGGCGAGGGUGACACUAUUAUGCCUCGGCGCGAACACUGGCAAUCCCAGGAUCGUCCAUGCAAAUGUCCCUGCCCGUGCGAGGGCCCCGGGGAUCCCCCUGUAAUGCCUGGACGUGUUGCGGCAAAUCUCAAUAUCGGAGAGCCGGCGAUCAGCGACCAUCGGGAACCUACGACCACCACGACCACCUCGACCACCACAACCACCACUACCACGACCACCACCGCCCCGCCGACGACCACGCCCCGCCACAAACACCCGCGCCACCACGACGAUCUGGACUUCGACUAUGACAGCGAUGGGCACGACGACCACAUAGACCAUGAUUCGAGCUACGAUAGCUCUGAACUCUACCACGACCCGGACCACGACUCACACGACCAGCACCACCGUCACCGACACCACCACGGGGACGACGACGACGACUACGACGAGGACGACGAGCGAGAACGGCACAGGGAUCACACACACCCGCGCCACCCACACCGAGGGGGCGGAGGGCGGAGAAACCGAACUCACGUCCCGCUCGUGGUGCCGGGCCGCCUGCAGUACUUCGCCACCGUCCAGUACAUCUCCACCGACGAAGGCCCCGAGACCUCCUACGACCCUCACGCCAACCAGGUUGAGGCAUGGGGCAACGGCGUCAUCCUGCCGCCAGACAACGCAGGAGAGACCGACUGGUUCCUCCGCAGACCCGAUGCCACGACCUCCGCCUCGACCCCCGGAGGUACCUCUGUCAAUAGGCCUUAUACGCACAUGCCCCCCGAUGGCUCCUCCUUCAACCCGCUGAACCUCGGAGAGAAGAAGGAGUUCAACCUCGCCCCUUACGGCUAUUGGAACAUCCACUUGACCCUGAAUGACCCCACGGAUCUGAGGAUUGUUCUGAGCGUCCCAAGGGGUACCAACCUUGGCCUGUACGCCCGCCGUGGGAAGCUGCCGACACACACGCAGCACGACAUCAUGAAAAUCCUGAAGGGCAAUCGGCAGAGGGACAUCCGGGCAUCCCCCAGUAUGGUCGAGCUGACCGUCGAGGAGGUGCUGGAGGCAGGCGAGUGGUUCCUCUCGAUCUACAACGACGACGGCGACCCCCACCAGGUGAACUUGGUGAUCACACGAGGCCCAGGUGGAGGGGAGUGCCCGCAGAGGUGCCACGAGAGGGGGAAUUGCAUUCUCGGCAGGUGCCAGUGCGCCCCGGGAUACAGCGGGAUCGACUGCUCUCAAGUGCUUUGCCCUAUAUUGUGCUCUGGCCAUGGUGCCUAUGUGGGAGGGCAAUGCAUCUGCCACCCCGGAUUCAAGGGCAAGGAGUGCCAGCUUCGACACCACGAGUGUGAAGUGCCAGACUGCCAUGGCCAAGGGCACUGCGUGGACGGGCGCUGCAAGUGUGCCAAAGGAUACACCGGCGAAUUUUGUCAGACAGUGGACUGCCCGAACCCGAAGUGCUCAGGCCACGGGUGGUGUGUGAUGGGGACCUGCGUGUGCCAGAAGGGAUGGCGAGGCGACGACUGCUCCGAGAUGGACGUGGAUGCCCAGCAGUGCCUCCCCGACUGCAGCGGCCACGGGGCCUUCAGCAUCGAGGCCCAUGCUUGUGUGUGCGACCAUCUUUGGACCGGCUCUGACUGCUCCAAGAAGGCGUGCUCGCUGGAUUGCGGUCCCCACGGCAUCUGCGAGAACGACGCUUGUACCUGUGACGAAGGGUGGACAGGUGCCAACUGCUCGGAACGCUUGUGUGACCCCAGGUGCAGCGAACACGGCCAAUGCAAGAAUGGGACGUGCGUGUGCAUGGCGGGCUGGAAUGGACGCCAUUGUACCCUCUCGGGAUGCCCUGGGAACUGCCGGAACCGAGGCACGUGCGACGCCGACCAGGAGGGCGUGUGGAAGUGCCUGUGUCAGUCCGGCUGGGACGGACCCGACUGCUCGGCCAUGCUCGAGACCCAGUGCAGUGACGGCGUGGACAACGACAGAGACGGCCUCAUGGACUGUCAGGACCCCGAAUGCUGCACCCACCAAGCCUGCCAGGACUCCCAGCUCUGCGUCAGCCGCUCUACCCCGAUGGACAUCCUCCUCCGUAAGCAGCCUCCGGGGUCGACCGCCUCCUUCUUCGAGAAAAUGCGGUUCCUCAUCGAAGAGGAUUCGCUCCAGCACUUCUCCGGCGAGUUCAACAAAAGGAGAGCAGCUGUGGUUCGUGGUCGGGUCGUCACGAAGGCUGGGCGUGGCUUGGUCGGCCUUCGUGUCGGGACAAGCAAUAACAACGAAGGCUUCACUCUGACUCGUCGGGACGGCUGGUUCGACAUCAUGGUCAACGGAGGCGGUGCGGUGGCGCUGGACUUCGGGAAACCUCCGUUCACGUCGAAGAAGAUCCGAGUGAUGGUGCCAUGGAACGAGAUGGUGGUCCUUGACGACAUCGUGAUGACCGUGAGCGGCGUCCCUGGACACAACGAUCGUUCGGACGACUACCACGACCACCAGCAGCGGCGCCUCAGCUCGUCGCACUGCCCGCUGCACGACUACGACCUCCUGAAGCCCGUCGUCAUGGCCACAUGGCAGAACGGCUUCCAAGGGGAAUGCCCCGAGGUGGACGCCAUCCUGGUAGAGGCGCAGGCGGUGCAGGAAUCCGUUCGCAUCCCCGGGACGGGACUUUACCUCGUGUACCACUCCUCAAGGGCCAACGGCUACGAGUCCACGCUGCGCCUCCAGCUGACCCCCGACCGCAUCCCGUCGUCUCUGCGCCGCGUCCACCUGCGGAUCGUCCUCGAGGGGAUUCUCUUCCGCAAGGUGUUCGAGGCCGACCCCGCCAUCAAGUUCACCUACGCCUGGAACCGCAUGAACGUCUACAGGCAGAGCGUGUACGGCGUGACUGUGGCUCGUGUGUCGGUGGGCUACGAGCACGAGAACUGCCCCAAGAUCAUCUGGGAGCAUCAGACGGCGCGGGUGGCGGGCUACGACCUCGCCAUCUCCAGCGUCGGUGGAUUCAACCUGCAUGUGCAUCACGCUUAUAAUUUCCAUCAGGGUAUUCUGCAGAAGGGCGACGGCCAGAACAUCCACCUGGCGGGCCAGCGGCACCUGGUGACGACCCUGCUUGGCACGGGCGAGCAGCGGGAGGUGAACUGCGGCAGCCGCUGCGAGGGCCGCGCCGAGCACUCGCCGCUGCACGCCCCCACGUGCCUCGCCGCCGCGCCCGACGGCUCGCUCUACGUCGGCGACUUCAACCUCAUCAGGAGAGUCAAGCCCGACGGCACCGUCAUCACGGUGGCCAAGCUCAACGAGACGCGCGUAUCUUACCGCUACCACGUGGCCGUCUCCCCCCUGGACGGCUCUGUGUACGUGAGCGACCCCGAGGCCCACCAGGUGCUGCGUCUGGAGAACACGGAGGGCGUGACGGACCCCUUACGUAACACCGUGACCGUCGUGGGCUCAGGGCAGCGCUGUCUCCCCGGGGAUAGGAACCAGUGCGGGGACGGAGGCAUGGCGAGGCACGCGCGCUUGACCUAUCCCAAAGGCCUGGCCAUCUCGUCGUCGGGCGAAAUCUACAUCGCCGACGGGACGAACAUCCGCGUGGUGAGUCCAGCCGGUGAUAUCCACACGCUGAUCGGAGGCCACGACCACCGCUCCCACUGGGCUCCCGUCCCUUGCAACGGCACCAUCAACAUCGACCAGUUGCACCUCCGCUGGCCCACCGAGCUGGCCAUAUCUCCUCUCGACGGCUCCCUUCACAUCCUUGACGACCACUUGGUACUUCGCGUCACGCCUGAUAAUCGAGUGCAGGUGCUGACGGGUCGGUCCCUGAACUGCCCCCUGCCGCCCCACGAGCCCUCGGACAUGUCCCAGACGGCCCUGCUGCUCAACCCUCAGUCCAUUGCCUUCUCGCCGCAGGGUGAGCUGUACAUCGCGGAGAGCGAUACGCAGCGGAUCAACCGCGUCCGCAUCAUCACCAGCGACGGCCGCAUCAGCACCUUCGCCGGCGCGGACCCCGGCUGCAACUGCCGCGACGCCACCUGCUACUGCCACACUUACGACAACGUGUCGGCGACGUCGGCCAUCUUCUCGUCGAUCUCGUCCAUUUCUGUCACUCCCGACGGCGUCCUGCACGUGAGUGACCAGGCAGGGUACCGUGUGCGCUCCGUCAGGUCCCUCCUGCCGGAACUCAACGAACGCAAACAGUACGAGAUCUUUUCCCCCGACACGCACGAAGUGUACGUGUUCAACCGCUUCGGCCAGCACCUGGAGACCCACAACCUGGUCACGGGCCAGACUAUCUACAAGUUCUCAUACAGCGACAACUCCAACACGGGCAAGCUGCUCACAGUCACAGACUCGGCCGGCAAUCGCUUCCAGAUCAUCCGCGAUCGCGUGGGCUUCGUCAAGGCCAUCGAGAACCCGCAGAAGCAGCGCGUCCAGAUCACGCUGUCCAUGAUGAAGAUGCUGCAGCAGCUGGUGGCUCCCGACGGCUACAACAUCACCUUCAACUACCACGGGGCAACGGGAUGCAUGCGCUCCAAGGUCGAGGCGGUGGGCAGGUCCUACAGCUACGAGUACGAUGCCCAGGGACGCCUCAUCCAGGCCGUCCUGCCCACUGGACAGGUCAUCCACCUCAAUUUUGACCUGAGUGUGCGCGGUGCAGAGGUGACUGUGACCAGGGAUGGCAAGGAACCUGUCAUUACAAGGCUCAGGGGCAACACCUUCAAUCAUACAUCAGGUCCCGUGGAGGCUCUAGCAGAGAUGGGAGGCCAAGGACCGCUGAGAAUCCUGACCGCGUGGAAGCACGAGGUGUCGCUCGAACGCACCUCCUACCGAGUGCUGGAAUCGACGAGUCCCACCUCGGCCGAGAUGUUCCCCGUGCUGUCCCGCCAGCAGACGCACAUCAGCGGCAACACAGUCAACCGCUACGAGUGGAGCUACUCGCCCGCCACCACAACCGACAGCCACAAUGGCAUGAAGGUCUCUGGCACUCUCAGGGUGAACGGAGCAGACCUCCUGACCCUGAGCUACGACCCUGUGUCUUCCACGGAAGCGCUUCUCUCUGUCUCGGGUCACAUGCUCGUCAACAUCACCUAUGACCACCUCGGCCGACCCAUCCGCUGGGUGCCUGUGGCCCCUCUGGUGGCCAGCAACGUCACCUAUGACCACUGGGGCCAUAUCACCAGCUGGGUCAGGGGGAACCUCUCCGAGGACUAUUAUUAUGACGAUUUCCUCAGGCUGGUGGCGGUCGUGUACGCCGACGGCAAGGAUGUGAAGUACGAAUAUCGCAGCCACUUCACUAAGCAUGGUCAUUUCUUCACGCAGCCCGAGAAGGUAACUCACCCGAGUGGAAGGGCCUACGGCUUGGUUUAUGAUGACGCAGGUUCUCUUCGGGAGGUUGUAACACCCCGCGGCUCCGCUUACACCCUUCAGCUCUCUACAUCCCUCGGCUUCUACAGGUUGAGGCUAGCAUUGCCUAUCGACAGCAUUGCUCUACAGAUGCGACUGGACGAGCAAGGGCGCGUUCUGGCCAUAACGCUGCCCGGGCGCGGCGGCACGCUGCUCUACGAGUACAACGACGCCGGCCAGGUCACCGCCGAGCUCUACGGCCACGGCCUCACCGAGUACUCCUACUACGACACGGGCCUCAUGCGCAACGCCAAGACGAAGCACAGCCACUUCGAUCUCCGCACCGACUACCACUACCACGGCGGCCUCAUGAAGGAGAUGAAGCUGCGCUACGGCCCCAAGAGCAACCUCCACAACGCCAAGCUGCGCUUCCAGUACGACGGCUCGGCGCGCCUGCGCAAGGUGGAGGGAGAGGUAGACUCCACGCCUCUCACGGAAAUGUACAUUCGCUUCGACAAUCAGACGGGAGUCCUGCAGGGCAUCAGUGACCUGCGCAUCAUUAGGAAUAAUAUCCUCGAAACGAUGAUUCAGAAUCCUAAGAAACACUACGUCAAUACGCGCAAGCAGGACAACUACGGCCGCCUCUCCGAGGUCUUUAUGACCCUGGGAGAUCGGAUGGUGUUCCUCAUGCAGCUGAAAUACGACAACCGCAACCGCAUAUCCGAGCGGCUGAUCGAGGUGGCCGGGCGGCGCGAGGGCCUCAACAUCACGUACAUGCCUGACGGCCAGAUCCUGGGCGCCAACGGAAAGGUCAUCUGGAUGUACAGCUACGACGAGAACGGAAACGUCAUCAGCUACUCGGAGAAGAGCUUCCGCACGAAUCUGCAGUACGACGAGUGCGACCGCGUGACCAUGGUGGGCACGAGCGAGGUCGAGUACGACGAGCGCGGCUUCGUGAUCCGCAUCGACAACCAGAACUUCGACUUCAACACCAAGGGGCAGCUGGUGGCGGCCUGGGACAGGGAGCAGACCUGGUCCUUCAGGAUUGGCUACGACCACUUCGAUCGCGUGUCGGUGUACCAGGAUCACCUCGAGAACAUCACCCAGCUCAUCUACGGGCGUCCCGACCAGCCACACCUGGUGACUCACCUGCACAACCCGCGCACUGGCGCCACCACGACGCUCCUCUACGAUGACUUGAACCACCUGAUCGCCGUCGACCAGCCGGACGGACGGUACUUCGUGGCGACGGACCAGAAUGGAACUCCCAUCGCCUUCUUCAACGACAUGGGCCUCCUCAUCCGGAAACAGGCUUGGAGUCCCUUCGGCAAGUUGCUGGACGCCUCCGGUGAAAAUAUGUGGGUCGGUAUCGGUCCCUGGGGAGGCUUCCUGGAGCCUUUGACGGGCAUCGUGGUGCUGAAGGGCCACGCCUACCACCCGCAGCUCCUGCAGUGGCUGACUCCACAGUGGGGGCACCUGACGCAGACCACACGCCAUGUGACGGACGUCUUUGUUUACAGGUUCAUGAACAACAACCCGUUCAAUCCGCAAGACCGACUCCUCAGGCACUACUACACAAACGUAUCCGAGUGGCUGGAACUCUACGGCAUCGAGCUCCGCCUGGUCCUGGGCUCUGAGUAUCAUGAGGACACGAUGGUGAAGCCCCGCGCCGUGGUCUCCGUGGACACUCUGGGUGCCUCGGAGGUGGUGAGCGGCCUCUGGUGCCAGUACCGCGCGGGCGUCCGCCACCUGCAUGGCCUCAGCUUCUUCUCGCAGUCGCACAUCCAGCGCCAGAUGGGCACGUGGAACGGCGCGCCCAUCUCGCGCCAGGCGUCCAUCUUCGGCCCGGGCGUACUGGUCUCCAACAUCGACGGCCGCGUGCUCGUCACCGGCGUCGGUGACGACGACUUCGCGGGCGUCAUCGGCGACGUCAUCCGAACCGUGCUCAACAACUCGAUCAUCCUCGACGUGAGUUCCACCCAGAAUGGCCUCGACACCUUCUACUUCAUCAAGGACAACCGCAAGCGAGCCGGCGAGGACAUGCAGCAUCUGCGGCGCCUUUCGGGCAUCUUCAACAUCUCGGACAGCGAGACGGAGCGCGGCCACGAGAUCCGCAUGUCCACGCCCACGGCCAACCUGGUCAUCAUGUACGGCGAGCGAGUGCAGCGCUGCCCGCAACCGGGUGCUGGACGAAAUGGAGCAGCGUGCGGCCAGAGUGGCGUGGCAGCGCGAGGUGGCGCUGGUGAGCCUGGGGCGCCCUGGCACGCACAACUGGUCCCCUCAGGAGGCGGCGGAGCUCGUGCGCGAGGGCCGUGUGCCGGGCUACGUGGCCACGCACCUGCACCCGGCCUCCCGCUACCCGCUCCUGGCCGCCGACCCCUCCAAUAUCAUCUUCAAGCACGAGACUUCCCGCAAGCGCCGCAAGAGCCGCAGAAAGGGCCGAAAAAGGAGCUGGCGGCAGCGCAAGAAAGGUGGUGCAUACGAGCAGACAUGAAGAGCUAAACGCUAGGCUUUAGCAGCAAUGCUGUACCGCUGAACUUCCAGGCAUACGCUACUGAAUCUGCCUUUGUCGACAGAUUGUGAUAUAAUUGUACAUAUUAUAUGUAAACUUAACAGAGUUUCGAUAUAUACGCAUACUGAGUGCGGUUUUGUUCUUUCUAUAUGAGGUGAAUUAAGAAUGUAACUUUCAUUAUUAUCAUCAUAUUAUAUUCGGUGUUCUUGAGAACCCCAACUGAAACCCAUAUAUCAAGUAUGACGACUUUUGAUGUUCCUUUCAUGUGGUUUUUACCUCCGACUGUGUCAUGCGGUAAUCCUACUGUAAAAAUAUGUCAUGUAUUAUGUAAAGUAAAAUAAUGAGUUUUUAAUAAACAUUUCGAUGUACAUUUA